AUGGGCACACACAAUGACAUGAGAAAUCGUGUGCGUCUCAGGCGGACUGAUGAUCGUAGGCGACAGGGGAAGGUUGAGAUGGUCCGCGCAUGGAUCUUUGAGAAGGGGAGGUCCCUUACGAGUGUGUUUAUCGAGCGCGUCCUUGGUCCCUUCUCUCUGACUCCUGCACGGAAUGCUUUCUCUUACCGUUUGGCCAAGUUCGGUUUCGACUACUUCAAGAUGUUUGUGCCGGACAUCCUGCAUGACUUUGAGCUUGGUGUCUGGAAGGCUAUAUUCCUGCAGGUACUGCGCUUAUAUUCUCUUGUCCCCGGCUUCGGCCGAGAUGUCAUUCGUCCAUUCCACUCCAAUGUUUCUGAUCUCAAGUAUCAAGCUGGACGUGAUUUCAAAGAUCUAUUGCAGUGCUCCAUGCCAUGCAUGGAAGGGCUUCUUCCCGAACCAGCACUCGACAGAAUCCAUCAGGACAUGCAGUUCACUCUUAUGGAGUUUCAUGCAUAUGGAAAGCUUCACAUGCACUGGGACAUGACUAUUGCCUGGUUCCGUACCAGCACAACUCGCCUCGGUGCUUACAUUCGCCACUUCAAGCGGGAGACUGAGAAAGUCUAUCGUACGACUGACCUACCCAAGGAGGUUCGCGCGCGCAGCAGGCGCAAGGCAACUCAAAGUACAGCUUCAUCUGGUGCUGGCAUUGCUGCAACUACAGCCAAGGAGCGUACUCUCAGUAUCAAUACUUCGAAGUAUCACAACCUCGGUCAUUUCGUUGAGGCUAUUCCUGAGAUCGGGUCUCUUGUUGGGGGCUCAACAGCGCAGAGUGAGGCUGAACAUCGACGGGGCAAGAGCGAGUUUGAACGGGUCAGCAAGUCAGACUUUGUGUGUGGGAUAUCAAAGCUCGAGAGGCGCACGAAGAAGAUCCACAUCAUGAACGAGUGGGACAAGAUUGCCAAGAGUGAUUCGCCAUCUCUACGCUUUCAAGACAGCGAGCCACUAUCAUUCACGGAACCGCACGAGCAUCAUCAUAUUGCACACUCCCAGAACUUUGCAGUUGAUAUGAAUAGCUGGCUCCACAGAAACCGAGCCGAUCCUGCCUUUCAUGGCUUUCUAUGUCUUCUGAAAGAUCAUCUACUCUCACGCACAACAGGAGAACCAGACGAUGGCCGCUUUAACGUCAAUGAUCGACUCGCUCUGAAGAUCUCGAAGAAUCGCAUCUACCGACACAAGGUCGUACGAGUCAGUUAUACUACUUACGACAUGCGCAUCGAUCAAGACAGCAUCAACCCAAGCUCGCAUCCUUUCAUCAUGCUCCUGUCACCUGCACCCGAAGGUGGGCACCCGUACAUGUAUGCUCAGGUCAUCGCAAUCUUUCACCUUCGUGCAACCUAUCAUGGCGAUAAGCCUGCGAGCAAGAAGGAAGAGCUGUACAAUGUGCUGUGGGUACGGUGGAUGAUGCUCGACCCAGCACACAAGGGUGGCUUCCGAGCAAAGAGGCUAUACCGUGUCGGCUUUGUGCCCUAUGGCAAUCCCGAUGUCGAGCCAUUCGGGUUCAUUGAUCCCGCAGACGUGCUCCGGGCGAGCCACAUGAUCCCGGCAUUCGCACAUGGCCAGACAGCAGCCCUCAUAGGCACAUCUGUCGUUCGUCCAGAGCUGGGCGAAUGGCGAUGGCACUAUGUGAACUUCUUCGUUGACCGUGAUAUGGUCCUUCGAUACCGAGGCGGUGCACCCGGUCACACGAGUACACGCACGGCCACCGACUAUUUCUUAGACGACCUCGAUAAACUUGAUUUGGAGGCUCGCGAGGCACAGAGAGCUGCCGACAAAAGCCGAUCGGACGAGGAUGUGGAGAUGGACGAGGACUCGCAGAUGGAGGACGACGAAGACGAAACUGACGAGGACGAGGACGAAACCCGAAGUGCGGCGAGCGACGAGUCAUUCUAUGAGAGUGGAGAAGAGCAGGCAUUCGACGAGCCAGAGCCCAGUGCAGAGGAAGCACGCUACACGACCGAGCUAUUCACCGACGUCGACUUCAUUGCUAUAGGUGCAGAAAUGGGACGGACAGAUGGAGGAGAGCAGUUUGUCGAGUCUCGCAAGGAUAUACGUGCACGGGAGGAGGAGGAGGAAGACUAUGGUAUUGACGGAGUGGUCUCGGACGAGGAGGUGGCUAAUGACGAUGACGACGAGCCGUACGACCCCGAAGACGGAGAAGGCCCCGAAUCCUGA